GUUGCUUGUCUGCAGCCCACUUCCCCAAACGGCCUAACCCCUCCGCCGCCGCCGCUACCGCUGCCCUCUGCGCUCACCGUUGCCCCGACCCCAUUGUCCGCCGCGGUUUUCCUGUGGAGGCAUACAAUGAGGCUUCUGCAAGCGGAGGAGCUGUUCCGGAAGGUUCUGGAGGGCGGGUCGAAGAAGAAAUAUCCUCGGCUGCUCGGGCUCGACGUCGGCAGCAAGUACGUCGGGUUGGCCGUUUCCGACGAGCAGAACAGGAUUGCUUUGCCUCUAAGUGUUUUGAGUCGGACAAAGACAAACAUCAACUUGAUGGCAGAUGAUUUCAAAACAUUGGUUUCGAAGUAUUCCCUAGCUGGGUUCGUUGAGGGCUAUCCAUUCAACCUUCAUGGUCACCUAGUCCAGAUUUCAAGUAAGGCUUCUUGCUGGAGAACUUUGUAAAACCGGGAAAGUUGAUGAUUUGUGCUACACAUAUUGGGAUGGAAAUUUCACCUCAAAGGUGAAUUCCAUUUUCUUCUCUGAACAUCCUUGCUCAGACAUGGGAAGCUGAAUUAAUGUGGCAUGCAGCAUGCAGUUUGCUUCUGAUUGUGGGAUAGUAUCUUACAGUGUUCUAAGACGCUAGGCUGAUUAUUGGAUUCAUUACAGUGUUGUUGCUUCAUCUGUGACACACCUUUUACUUUAUUUCCAUCUCUCUUUUGAAGUUCUUUGUUAGUGGAGUGUUUUGAUGAUCUUGUUGUUAUGUUCUCCACAGUGUGUAGAAGCCCUCUUACAUCCUCUGAACCUUAAAAAUCGGGAUGAGGCCAAAACAAUGACAGAUAAAUUUGCUGCAGCUUGCAUACUCCAAAUACCAGUGUGAUUUCUAACACUGUUAACAAAUCUUAUUGUUUUCAAUUGAAUUCAUUAAGGAAGAUAUGUAGUUUCUUCAGUUGAUGUUUUCUCAAGUAGCUUUAGGGCCUGUUUGAAUAGAUUGUGGCUUUAGAGCUUCUGGCUAGCUGAGUAAGCAGUUGUGACUGUAGAAUUUUGGUUGUUAGUUUUUAUGAUAAAUUUUUAGCUUCUCAGCACACUCAAAAGUCAGAAAAACCAAUCAGAACCUGUUUAUCAGCUUUUAGUUCAUGUUAGCCACAACCGCUUCUUCAGUCAGCCAAAAGGCACUAGAAGCCGGGACCAGAAGCCAACCGUUUGGAUAGCUUGUGACUUUUUUCAGGGAAAAGUUGAAAAAAACCCUAUCCAAACAGGGGGUUAGUAACACUGAGAAUGAUCCUUUUGUGAACAGGGUUAUCUUGACAACAUGAACAGAAAAUUGAGAUCUGCAGAUAAUUCUGAAGCAUAAGGUGACACCUAAACUCCAUUAAACUACACCAAAAGGCAGGGGGUCAGCUUGUGGUAGGUCUGAUUUGUGCAGAGUUUGGAGGCUACUUUUGCCGUUUUUGUUGUUUACAAAGUUUUGUGCUCUUGCUGCUCAAAUAUUUUUCAGGCUUGCAGUCUUUCUUUGAAUUAUAGUCGUGGCAGCACUUACAUUUCCCUGCCA